AUGCCGGUGAGUGAAAGAAUUGCCGCCCUGCACGAACGGGGUCUGCUCAGUGCUACAGAUGUUGCACAACUGGUCUCUGCCCAGCAUCAGCUCACGGUCAACGUCGCCGAUAAGAUGAUCGAAAAUGUGGUUGGUGUGUUUGGUCUGCCAAUGGGCGUGGCACUGAACUUUCUGAUCAACAACAAAGAUUAUGUUAUCCCGCUGGUGGUUGAAGAACCCUCAAUUGUUGCGGGUUUGUCCGGCGCCGCCCGUAUGGCAAGACUCGGGGGUGGUUAUACCGCAAGCGCUACCGACCCUAUUCUGAUCGGCCAGGUACAGGCAGUGUUAGACAACAACCCGGAACAGGCCAUGGCAACUUUGCUUGAACACAAAGCUGAAAUCCUUGCGCUGGCCAACAGUCUGCACCCGAAAAUGGUGGCGCGAGGAGGCGGCGCUAUGGAUAUCGAAGUAUUCCAUCACCACGCCGAACAGGACGGCCGACACAUGGUGGUGCUGCACCUGCUGGUGAAUACCUGUGAUGCCAUGGGCGCCAACCUGGUCAACACCAUGUGUGAAGGUAUUGCCGGCCUGGUGGAAAGCCUCACAGGUGGCAAAGUUUUUCUGCGCAUUUUGUCGAAUCUCACCGACCGCGCCAUUGCCACAGCCAAAGUGGUUAUUCCUACCGCCAAUCUGGAAGGCAAAGGUUUCAGUGGCGAGCAGGUUCGCGAUGGCAUCAUCCUCGCCAAUGACCUUGCGCUGGCCGAUCCCUACCGCGCAGCUACCCAUAAUAAAGGCAUCAUGAAUGGUGUCGAUGCUGUGGCCAUCGCCACCGGCAACGACUGGCGCGCCAUCGAAGCCGCUGCCCACGCCUACGCGGCGCGUAGCGGGCGAUAUAAAGGCCUGACCCGCUGGUACAAAAAUCCAGAAGGCGCGCUGGUUGGCGAAAUAGAGAUACCUAUGAAAGUGGGCACCGUAGGCGGAUCGUUAGAAAGCAAUCCGUCGGUCAAAAUCAAUCAUCGCCUGCUGGGUUCACCCGAUGCAACUGAACUGGCCUCUAUCAUGGGUACAAUUGGACUGGCACAGAAUUUUGCCGCCCUGCGUGCUCUAUCGACCAACGGCAUACAACAGAAUCACAUGAAUCUGCACGCUCGCAGUGUCGCCAGCAGUGCGGGUGUACCGGAUGAACAUUUUGAGAGUGUUGUUGAGGGCCUGAUUGAAUCCGGUGACAUAAAGGUCUGGAAAGCCCAGGAAAUUGCGAAGAACCUGUCACGCAGAAUAGCCCAGCCUGAGGCGGGCGAGCGCUACGCCGCAUGCGGUAAAAUUAUUCUGUUAGGAGAGCACGCGGUUGUUUAUGGCCGACCGGCCAUCGCACUGCCGAUACCACUGGCGGUAGAAGCCAUGGUGCGUCGCGAAGGCCAGGGUAUCAACAUUGUUAUUCCGCGCUGGGGACUGGAACAGCCGGUACACGCUAACACCCAGGGACUCAGCGGUAUUCUGGCGAAGAUUCUAAAAGACCUGGAUCUUGACCGGGAAAACAUGACAAUAGAGGUAUUCCCGCACAUUCCACGCGCCAUGGGAUUGGGCGGCUCCUCCGCUCUGGCAGUGGCUAUUCUGCGCGCGUUGGACGCUCAGUUUGAUCUCGGCAUGGACAACAGCCGGAUCAAUGAGCUGGCGUACGAGUGUGAGAAGGCCGCACAUGGCACACCUUCCGGCGUGGACAAUACCGUGGCCACCUACGGCACCCCACUGCGCUACCAGCAGGUCGACGGCAAGCCUAUUUUCCGCGACUUGCGCCUGACGGAGCCCCUGCAACUGGUGGUGGGCAUCACCGGCCGGGAGAGCUUAACGGCUGAUACGGUAGCCCAGGUGCGCAACGCCUGGACGCAACACCCAGAUCGGUACAACAGUAUUUUUGAUCAGAUUGGAUCGCUGACCGAAGCCGCUGAACAAGCACUGGAGCAAGGUAAAUUAGGGGAUCUCGGCGACCUGAUGAACCUCUGCCAUGGUUAUCUCAAUGCUCUGCAGCUGUCGACGCCGGAACUUGAAGAACUCAUUCAUAUUGCGCGUGCCAACGGGGCAUUGGGUGCAAAACUCACCGGCGGCGGGGGUGGCGGGUCUAUGAUCGCACUGUGUCCGGAUAACCCCGAUGCGGUUGCCCAGGCGAUGCAGGCUGCGGGCUACGAGACCCUCAGCGUUACCGUGGGUUAG